CCCUGUUCGAGUGGGGGUAAUGACAUCACAGUAAACAAACAAGAAUUUGAACUCGGCAUUUAAACUGUAAACUUGCAUAGUGGAAGUGAUGCUUCGGAACUUGAAAUUAUGAAGAAGAUUUAUAAAAGGAACAAAAACACCUGGAAUUUUUUUGAAGAGAGUACCAACUUUUCAGACGUCAAAAACAGGAGAUACGACUUUGUUGAGAUUUUACCUCCAGAAAUAAGCCUUCAGAUUUUUUGUCAACUGGACCUUAAAAGUUUGUGUAAUGCUGCAGUAACUUGUCAAGCUUGGAACCAUAUUAUUGAGAACUGCGACCAACUGUGGAUGAAUCACUGUAUGACAGUGAGAGCCAUCUGUCAAAAAGAGAUUGAUGGUGACAGAGGAGUUGGAUAUUCAUGGAAGGUCACCUUAGAGAGAAACUAUCGCAAAGGGUAUGUGAAAAAACAAUGGCUGAGUGGGCGCUACAGCAACAUUCUUUCUUCUACUGAACUACCAGACAAGAGCAUGUAUCCUUUGGAUGCUGAAACCUGGGGAGAAAUUUUAGAGGCAGAGCUGGAAAGAUAACAAACCAGGCUAAAAGUACAGUGCUUUCUUUUAACAUAUCAUGUACAUUUAAACAAAUACUAAGAGUGUAGUUACCAUGGCAUCAAAAGCACCACUGUUUGUUUUUCAAACAGAAUU